GCAAAAUAAAAAGAACUAGUUCACAAAAUGAACGCUGCUCUCUAACCUCAAAGGUAGGAGCGAUUAUUUCAAUUCAGAACUCAGUCUAACGUGCCUCGCGUGGACCAGCCCUUUGCAUCGCAAACGACAAUUUAAAAGAUCGAAACUGCAAUCGCAAGCUGUGGUACUUACAGAUGCUUUGAGCAACACAAACAUCGCCAGAUCCCCCGACUUUCCAGCGGAACGAGAUGCAGCAGCGUCUUGCCGAGGUGUAACGUGUACGUGUGUGUGCGGUGUCCGAGCUUGGCAGUGUGUGUCGCUCCUCAAUUGCCUCCGUUUUGUCAUCCGCCGUUCGCCGUUCGCCGUCCGCCAUCCACGUUUCCCACUCCCAGGGGAUUCUACGGCCAUUGUGGAUCUGGAUCUCUAGCGCAAAUUGAGACAACUCUCGCCGUCUCACUCGGCCAGCUGGAAAGAGACUGGGCGAAGAAAGGAAAGGAGAUAGGAGAUAGGAGAAGAGCAAAAAUCAGAGUGGAGAAGGGCGCGGGAGGCGAGAGAAGCGCGAAAAUAUAACGGCAAGGAGGAACGAGAAAGAGAAAUCAACACCAUUGAAGUGGGGAUCGAGAUUGCGCUUCAUACGACGGCGCAUCGCAGUUUACGAGUGUCCAUCACCACUACAACACCGUGCAGCAAUGGAAGACUAUUGGGGUCUUAGCAGCACUACGGAUAUCAAUUGCACUCAACCCGCCAUCGAUGACUUCCCCAGAGAUUUGUUCUCGGAGACGCAAAGGCAGUCCGGUGCUGUUGUACUUCAUGUUAUAGCCAGUUUAUAUUUAUUCGUAGCCUUAGCCGUAGUGUGUGAUGAGUACUUUGUGCCAGCAGUUGAGAAAAUAUGUGCAGCACUCAACAUGUCCAAUGAUGUGGCGGGGGCCACGUUCAUGGCUGCGGCCACUUCCGCCCCUGAGCUGUUUGUUAACGUGAUAGGUACCUUCAUCACGGAGGGCGAUAUCGGAGUAGGCACUAUCGUCGGAUCGGCGGUAUUUAACAUCCUGGCGGUGGCCGCCUGUUGCGGCAUUGGAGCUGGAAUGACCAUACCCCUGGACUGGUGGCCGCUGACACGGGACAGCAUUGCCUACGGAGUCACAGUGGCCAUUCUCAUCUGUGUUAUGCACGACGAGCGCGUCGAGUGGUACGAGGCACUCAUUCUGGUUUCCCUUUACGCCGUCUACCUGGCGGUCAUGUAUUUCGACAAAACAUUCCAAAAGUGCGCCAAAGGUGGCGUUAAGCAGGCUCGUUCGCGCAGCAGGUCCUCCAAUUGCAGCAUACACACAAAGAACAGCAAUGAGAAGGAACCAGAGCUCGUGGAAAAUCGCAUUUGCCAAAACAUGGCCAACAUUCAGCUGAAUGGAGGACUCAACAAUGACCAGGCAAAGGCUACAGGUGCUUCCAGUGAAGGCACUACCACGAUUUCAUUUACCACCUCAACCAUGACCACUACGAUGGGAACGACGGCCCAUAGUGUCGGAGCUAGCGGAGGAGGAGGUGCGACAGGGGAUGUGCCGUCAGGACCAGGGGCCAUUGCCCAGUUGGCAACACUUGACGGUGGGGAGGCAGAACAACAGCAAACUGACACAGCCGUCGGUGAGGAUCGCGAGGAAGAGGGCUAUUCCCUGCUCACUUACCCGAAGGACAAGAGCUGUUUCGCCCAGUUUACCUGGCUCAUUAUCUGGCCGAUUCACCUGCUAUUUCGCGUGGCCAUCCCUGACUGCAAAAAGGCCAAAAACAACAAGAUUUUCCCGCUUACCUUCAUCAUGUGCAUCGUCUGGAUCGGAUCGCUGUCCUAUGUGGUUGCGUGGAUGAUAACCAUUAUCGGUGACACACUUAAAAUACCUGAUUCGGUGAUGGGGAUUACUUUCCUGGCGGCUGGAACCAGUGUUCCCGAAGCGGUGUCUAGUGUGAUCGUGGCGAAGCGCGGCCACGGAUCGAUGGGAAUCUGCAACUCUAUUGGGUCGAACACCUUCGACAUCCUGCUCUGCUUGGGGGUACCUUGGCUGAUCAAGGCGGUCUUCUUUCCAAUUCAGCCGGGCCAGAACUACGUAGCCAUAAAUUCUGCCGGAUUGGAGUACUCGGCGAUUACUUUGCUGUCGACGCUGUUCCUGCUUUACCUAACAUUCUCUACGAACAAGUUCAAGCUGGAUAAAAAGGUGGGAACCGCCUGCCUAGUGAUGUAUCUGGUCUUUAUGGUUUUCGCCUCCCUCAUCGAACUCAAUGUGUUCUUUCGCGUCAACCUGCCCACCUGCGGUCGAUCAUGAGAUGGAUUCGCUUCCGAUAAUUGCGCGACAUACGAAGGCCGAAUUGUGGAGUAUGAUGUGUGGGUGAACCCCAGUCAUUUAGUGUUGGUUCGUUUUCCAUUUCAGAGUCCGGCAGCUGGCUGGAAAACCCUGAGUGCAGUCGUUUAAUUAAUUAAUAUGUAUUUUCUGUUCUAUUCUAUCUACCACGAUAGUUGAGUUACGGUAUACGUUAUGCUGUUAUUGUAAUAAUACUUUUUUUUUAUUAUUAUUAUUAUUAAAGUAGACUCGUUCACGAACUUCGGUUAGAAACCAAACGAAAAAUUCAAAACAGAUCAGAAGAAAUGAAAAGAGUAACGAAGUGAAGCGAAGAGAAAACAAAAUCAAAACAAAAAAAUUUAAUAAUGUAUUUUUAUGAUUAAAAUAUAUGAGAUUUAACAAAGA